AGUGGGGAGGCGGCAACGACGCCUGCGCAGUGUGACCGGGAUGGCGCAUUUUCUCGCACCGAGUAAUGCGGCGUCGCUGGCUGCCGAGGAGGGCGGAGAGUUCUCGGGUGAAGUAGGGGGAGGGAUUCAUGUAGGCGUCAGGAGGAGCUUUAGUGUGAAGUAUAAAGUAGGAAGCUGAUGCUGGGUACUGCUACUCCUGCACUGGCGGCGAGAAAGUCGUGAUAUCAUCGUUGAACCAUCAACUUUGAAAUUUGAAAACAAUGGAGAAGACUCAAGAAACAGUCCAAAGAAUUCUUCUAGAACCCUAUAAAUACUUACUUCAGUUACCAGGUAAACAAGUGAGAACCAAACUUUCACAGGCGUUUAAUCAUUGGCUGAAAGUUCCAGACGACAAGCUACAGAUUAUCAUUGAAGUGACAGAAAUGUUGCAUAAUGCCAGUUUACUUAUUGAUGAUAUUGAAGACAACUCAAAACUCCGACGUGGCUUUCCCGUGGCACACAGCAUCUAUGGAAUUCCAUCUGUCAUCAAUUCUGCCAACUAUGUAUAUUUCCUUGGCUUGGAGAAAGUCUUAACCCUUGAUCAUCCAGAUGCAGUAAAGCUUUUCACCCGCCAGCUUUUGGAACUCCAUCAGGGACAAGGCCUAGAUAUUUACUGGAGGGAUCAUUAUACUUGUCCCACUGAAGAAGAAUAUAGAGCUAUGGUGCUGCAAAAGACAGGUGGGCUGUUUGGAUUAGCAGUAGGUCUCAUGCAGUUGUUCUCUGAUUACAAAGAAGAUUUAAAGCCACUACUUGAUACUCUUGGUCUCUUUUUUCAAAUUAGGGAUGAUUAUGCUAAUCUACACUCUAAAGAAUAUAGUGAAAACAAAAGUUUUUGUGAAGAUCUAACAGAGGGAAAGUUCUCAUUCCCUACUAUUCAUGCCAUUUGGUCUAGGCCUGAAAGCACCCAGGUGCAGAAUAUCUUGCGCCAGAGAACAGAAAACAUAGAUAUUAAAAAAUACUGUGUCCACUAUCUUGAGGAGGUAGGUUCUUUUGAAUAUACUCGAAAUACUCUUAAAGAGCUUGAAUCUAAAGCCUACAAACAAAUUGAUGCAUGUGGUGGGAACCCUCAGCUAGUAGCCCUAAUAAAGCAUUUAAGUAAGAUGUUUAAAGAAGAAAAUGAAUUAAGUUAUUCUUGAUUGAUCCUGAAAGCUUGUUUUUAGCUAAUUUUUUUUUUUUUUACUCUUUUAGCCUAUCACCUUUU